CACAACGGUAUCUGACUUUCUCCCUCGCUCUUCCUCUUUCCUUAAUCUUCGUUUCUCACAUCAACAUCCCACCAGCCUUUUUUUCAUCUCAUUUAGGACUUGCUCAAUAUGAUACCCAGCCCACCUCGCGUCCAUAUUGCAAAGCAAGGCACGAUCGAAGGAUCGCUGAACCCCAAUAAAAGAGUCAUUCAAUUUUUGAAUGUCCCCUACGGAACAGUUCAGGAACGCUGGCGGCCCGCUGUCAAGCCCAAAUCGUGGACCGGCAUCCGAGAUGCCACCAAGCAGGGACCUGUUGCGCCUCAACCAAAGGGCGAGUCGCGGUCCUCGAGGGCGAUCAACUCGUAUUCUGAGUUCGACUUUGACGAUGAAACAACCGUCAUCGAUGAGAGAAAUUGUCUGAACCUGAACAUCUUCGUGCACGAGGACACCCUCAGUCAAGCAGUAGGAGCGGAGCAGACCUCACAGGAAACCGGAGGAGCCGCUGUGAUGGUUUAUAUCCACGGAGGCAGUUUCAAGGACGGUGCCAAUGCCAUGGAUGUCUAUGACGGUAGCAACCUAGUCCGCCAGUCCGUCAAGCUGGGUCGACCCAUCAUUGUCGUCGUCCUCAACUACCGCCUCAAUUUCCUUGGUAAUUUCUCCUGCCCCGAGCUCGUCGCCGAUCUCCAAUCGGACCCACGUCUCUUCACCGACUACGACCGUUCCGCCGGCAAUUGGGCGCUCAUGGACCAAAGGCUCGCCUUCGAAUGGGUCCACGAACACAUCCACACCUUUGGCGGCAGAGCCGACAAUAUUACCGCAUUUGGCGAAUCCGUUGGUGCCGUCUGUAUCAACUAUCACAUGCUGAUCUCUCAACACCAUGGACUCUUCCGCCGUGCGAUCAUGCAGUCUUGUGCCAUGAACUCUGCACCAGCCGUACGACAUGACGUCGAGGGAAAGCUCUAUCUGGAUUACUUGGUUGAUUAUUUUAAGAUCCCGAAGGAGCUCUCGGGGAAGGAGAAGCUGGAGAGGUUAAAAAAGGUCCCGGCGGUGAAGUUGGGUCAAGCGGCAGACUCACCGCGGCUUCGGAUGUUCACGCCUUAUGUCGAUGGCACGAUUGUGCCUGAGGAUGUGCGUUUAUGGACACAUAAGACGGAACUAUAUGAUCAUGGAGUCAAGGCCGUGAUUGUUGGGGAUAUGAAGGAUGAAGGAUCCAUGUUUGUUGGGUCGUUGGGGGCGACAACUCUGCAGGGUUGGUCGAGAGUGUAUGAAAAGUUUUGUCCACCGGACGCGCAUAGCCAGCAGGAAUGGGAGGCGAUCUAUGGGAAGGUGGAAUCAGAUGCAGACGCGAGUCGUGUCUCGAGUAAGGUGAUAGAGCAUGUCGCGUUUACGUAUCCAGAUUUUUCAGCUCUACGCGCCCUUUCGAAACGCAGAGACUUAGGCGAGAAGGAUGGGCUUGAGCUGUUCCAGUAUUAUUUCGAUCAAUCGAUUGCGGCUGUGGACGCCAAGGGCUUAGGCUGGGGUGCACAUCACGGUGUGGACCUUGUGUAUAUGUUUGGGCCAGAUCUCGCGCUCAAAAGUGUGUUCACGGAGGAGGAGAGACAGUUGUCGGAGAAAAUGCAGACGGCAUGGAUCCUGUUUGCGCAUGGAGAAACCACAGAUCAGGAUCUGUUCCCGACUAGGAUCACUCGUCCAGUGGACGACUAUGAGUACCAUGAAAUCGAGAAGGAGGCGCUCGUAUUUACGCCGAAGUGCACAAUUGAGAAGGAGCAUGUUAGUCGACAGGGACGCCGGGUGCUGGAGUUCUGGGGGCGAUCGGAACAGUGGGUUCAUAAGACGCGCGCGGAGAAGACGGAGGGCGAGGAGGGUUUGAGAGCCGGUCUGUUGUGCAUAGCCUUGCCUUCAGACCCGACAUGGUUGUAGCAUCGAAGCGCCAGACAUUUUAACUACAUUUUCGGGUACCUUAUGUUGGAUCAACGGCGCUACGCGCUGCAUGGCAGAUUUUUGCCUAGUAAAAAGGAUGCAAUCAGCCCAAUGCUUA